CUGGGAUUUGUAGUCCUUGCUGUGAGUCAUGAAAGAUUAAACCCUCCUUCAGCUCCAUGGGAGGGGAUUUCUGCUUCCCAAAAAGUUUCGUUAGAGACCCAUAAAAUUAUAAAUAAUAAUUUUUAUUUUUUAAAAAUUGUAUUUGAGUAAUUUUCAUUCAGUCGCAAAAACAAAUAAAUCUAGGAGAGGAUUGUUAUGUAACUGACAGGACCGUUUGUUCCGGGUCACUGCUCCUGUGGUUCCUCCUCGCUAAGAUGUCGGCCGCUAUCGCCGCGCUCGCGUCCUACGGUGUCUCCGACUCAGGCUCCGACUCGGGCUCGGACACUGAGGGAAGCUCCCGCCGCUCGGCGCAGGUAGCCAGCCGGGACUCGGUGCUGCAUCUCGCUUCACCGCCCCCUGCCCCGCAGGCCUUGGCGGUGGACUCGGCCCCGGAGGUGGCUGUGAAGGAAGAUGUAGAGACGGGAGUCCACCUCGAUCCUGCUAUCAAGGAAGUUCAGUACAAUCCCACUUAUGACACCAUGUUUGCACCAGAGUUUGGGCCAGAAAACCCGUUUAGGACUCAGCAGAUGGCUGCACCUAGGAAUAUGCUUUCUGGAUAUGCAGAACCAACACAUAUCAAUGAUUUCAUGUUUGAACAACAGAGAAGAACAUUUGCAACUUAUGGUUAUGCAUUAGAUCCCUCUCUAGAUACUCAGGAUGUUGCUACUAAAUACAUUGGUUCUGUAGAAGAAGCUGAAAAGAAUCAAGGUUUAACAGUAUUUGAAACAGGACAAAAGAAAAUAGAAAAAAGGAAGAAAUUUAAAGAAAAUGAUGCAUCUAAUAUUGAUGGCUUCCUGGGACCAUGGGCAAAAUACGUGGAUGAGAAAGAAGUAGCCAAACCCUCAGAAGAAGAGCAGAAAGAAUUGGAUGAAAUAACAGCAAAGAGGCAGAAGAAAGGCAAACAUGAAGAUGAUAAACCUGGAGAGGAGAAGACUAUCCUACAUGUCAAAGAAAUGUAUGACUACCAGGGAAGAUCCUAUCUUCAUGUUCCUCAAGAUGUUGGCGUUAAUCUCCGUUCUACAGUGCCCCCUGAGAAAUGCUAUCUCCCAAAGAAACAGCUCCAUGUAUGGUCUGGACAUACAAAGGGUGUCAGUGCAGUCAGGUUGUUUCCACUCUCUGGCCACAUAUUGCUAUCUUGCUCCAUGGACUGUAAAAUUAAACUAUGGGAGGUAUAUGGUGAACGAAGAUGCUUACGAACAUUUAUUGGGCACAGUAAAGCAGUUCGAGACAUCUGCUUUAACAAUGCUGGAACUCAAUUUCUUAGUGCAGCAUAUGACCGGUAUCUUAAACUCUGGGACACUGAAACAGGGCAAUGUGUUUCAAGGUUCACAAACAGGAAGGUUCCAUACUGUGUCAAAUUCAAUCCUGAUGAAGAUAAACAAAAUCUUUUUGUGGCAGGAAUGUCAGAUAAAAAAAUUGUACAGUGGGAUGUUCGAAGUGGGGAAAUUGUGCAGGAGUACGAUAGGCAUUUGGGAGCUGUCAACACCAUUGUGUUUGUGGAUGAGAAUAGACGGUUUGUGAGUACAUCUGAUGACAAGAGUUUAAGAGUCUGGGAAUGGGAUAUUCCUGUCGAUUUCAAGUACAUCGCAGAGCCAAGUAUGCACUCGAUGCCUGCCGUCACCUUGUCUCCAAAUGGAAAAUGGCUGGCUUGUCAAUCAAUGGAUAAUCAGAUUUUGAUUUUUGGAGCUCAGAACAGAUUCAGAUUAAACAAAAAGAAAAUCUUCAAGGGUCACAUGGUGGCAGGUUAUGCUUGUCAAGUUGAUUUUUCACCUGACAUGAGCUAUGUGAUAUCAGGUGAUGCAGAUGGAAAACUUAACAUCUGGGACUGGAAGACGACAAAACUCUACAGUAGGUUAAAAGCACAUGACAAAGUUUGUAUAGGCGCAGUCUGGCAUCCACAUGAAACAUCCAAGGUCAUCACCUGUGGCUGGGAUGGUCUUAUUAAAUUGUGGGACUGAAGGGGGUACUGCAAGGAGCUAAUUUUUUAUAAGACUUUUUUGUGAACAUCUGAGAUUGUUAAACAUGAACUCUGCUGAGGAUGGUUUGAUUUGAACUUCCAGCUAUUUUUGGGUUCUUUGCUAUUAAAGUACACUGUGCACUCUUGGAAAUGGGAAAUCUCCCAGGCAGAAGACUCAGCUGAAAGGCUACUGUUCUAAGUAUGACUUCAAGGUUUGUGAGACGCUGAGAACAGUCAUGUGAAGUGGCCAGAAACAAAUAUUAAUUUGAUAACUUAUUUUCUGUUUGAUACACUUUUUCAGAAUAAAACAAUAUUUUCUAGUUUGUGAUUCUGGAUGUCACACAGUAUAUGGUGUAGAAGUAGAAAACAAGCAGUUUUGUUGUGUUCUGUAACUGCACCGCUCAGAAGAAAAGACUCUUUAAUGUCUGCUGCAGUAGAUACUGAAGAUGCAUCCAUUAAUAGACUUUUUGGCAGUAUUCUGUGGCACCCAAGUUUCUUCGAUUUAUUAGGGUACACAACCAAUGACUAAGAUUUAUUGAUCCAUAACAGAAACAGAGCUGAUCAAAGGCUUUAGCAUACAUACCAAUGAACAAAUGGAGUGUAACCUGCAGACGGUGUUCCCUAAACCCUCCAUCUGCAUUCUUAUAUUUGUAUCUUGACUUAAACAUUUACAUGAUACUGAUCAUGGAGGUUCCUCUAUGUAACCUCGUUUAUUUGAAAGUUCUUUAUAAUAAAAAAAAUCCUCCCCUCCCCAAAAACCCCCAGAUAAGUUCCAUAUGUUAAUUAUCAUGCUUUACUGGGGCAUAUUUCAAAGAAAACCACAUUCCCUAUCCCUUAAUCAUAUUCUUUGUACCGCGUGCACUUUAGUACAGUAACUCCUAACUUAACGUCCUCCCGCUUAACCUUGUUUCAAAGUUACGUCACUGCUCAAUUAGGGAACAUGCUCGUUUAAAGUUGUGCAAUGCUCCCUUAUAACAUCGUUUGGCUGCCUGCUCUGUACGCUGCGUGUAAGAUUUUGUGGAAGAGCAGUGACUUUACAAGGGAGCAUUGCACAAGUUCCUCUUCUCCGCCUCCUCCUCCCUCCCAGCGCUUCCCCCACCGCCAAACGGCUGCUUGGCGGUGCUUAGGACUUUCUGAGAGGGAGGGGGAGCAGCGGGGAAACACUGCGUCUCCACUCCUCUUCCCCCCCCACCCCCCAGACUUUCUGGGGGUGGGGAAGAAGCGGGGAUGCAGCAUGCUCCGGAGAGGAGGUGGAGCGGGGACGGGAAGAGGCGGGCCUGGAGUGGAGCGGGGACGGGAAGAGGCGGGCCUGGAGCAUCCCCCAGCAAAGUUGGCGCCUGUUCCUCUCCGGGUAAGCUGCCACUGCUGCAAAGGGGCUUCCUAGUGUCCUUGCCUGCAGCGGGCUGUGCCUGUGUGGGGUAAGCCAGGGGCACUUCCCAACCACAGUACAGUACUGUACAGUAUAUAAUGCCUUUUGUCUGCCCCCCAAAAAAUUUCCUUGGAACCUAACCCCCUGCAUUUACAUUAAAGCUUAUGGGAAAAUUGGAUUUAUUUAACAUCGUUUCACUUAAAUUUGCAUUUUUCAGGAACAUAACUACAACGUUAAGUGAGGAGUUACCGUACUCACUGUUCCGGUAUUAUAUGCAUCAGAUUGUUUCCAUGCUAAGCUACUGUAUAUACAUCACAAUUUGUUGUUGUUGUUUUUUAAGAACUUAUUUUUAAUAAAUCUUUUGUAUAAAA